UAAAUGAGCCAGGUGUGACAUUUCUCAAACAAUCGUCUUUACCGCGACUGACAACAAGAUGGUUGACAUUAAGAGCCUGAAGGUGGCGCUGCUGCUGCUCUCCUUGGCAGUCAUCACUGUUGCUGCCGACACCCUACACAGUCUCGGCUCUGGGCGUCAUCAUGUUGGCGCUGUACUGGUGGAGGGAGCUGCAGAGGGCGUUGGAGGCGUGGCUGUCGGUCGUGGUCCCCGAGGGAGGGUGGUGGCCCUUGGUCUGGAGGCUGGUAUGAGAGGGGGCGGCUUCAGGGGUCUUGUGGGAAGGAGUGGAUUUGGAGGUGGUCUUGGAGGUAGUCUUGGAGGUAGUCUUGGAGGUGGUCUUGGAGGUGGUUUUGGAGGUGGCCUUGGAGGUAGGGUCAUAGGUGGUGGUUUUGGAGGUCUUGCAGGUAGUCUUCGAAGUGGAUUUGGAGGAGAUUUUGGAGGUAGGGCCAUAGGUGGUGAUCUUGGAGGAAUUCUUAGAGGUGGUUUUGGAGGUGGUGCUGUAGGGGGAGGCUUUGGAGGAGGGGUUGUAAGCGGUGGUCUUGGAGGUGUAGGGAGUGACCUAGAAAGUGACUUAAGUGUCGACCUCGAAACUACAAGCGAUGCCGUGCUUGGAGGUAACAUUGUAAAGCGUGGCCUUGGAGGUGGGGUGGUAGGAGGAGGCUUUGCAGGUGGUGUUGUAAAAGAAGGCUAUGGGGGUGGUGUGGUAGGAGAAGGCUAUGCAGGUGGUGCUGUGAAAGGUGCUUUUGGAGGUGGUAUUGUAAAGAAAGGCUUUGGAGGUGGUGUGGUAGAGGAAGGUUUUGCAGGUGGAACUGUGAAAGGUGCUUUUGGAGGUGGUAUUGUAGAGAAAGGCUUUGGAAGUGGUUUUGGGGGUGGUGUGGUAAAGGAAGGCUUUGCAGGUGGUUUUGGAGGUGGUGUUGUAAAAGAAGGCUAUGGAGGUGGUGUGGUAGAGGAAGGUUUUGCAGGUGGUGCUUUUGGAGGUGGUAUUGUAGAGAAAGGCUUUGGAAGUGGUUUUGGAGGUGGUGUGGUAAAGGAAGGCUUUGCAGGUGGUUUUGGAGGUGGUGUUGUAAAAGAAGGCUAUGGAGGUGGUGUGGUAGGAGAAGGCUAUGCAGGUGGUGCUGUGAAAGGUAGUUUUGGGGGUGGUAUUGUAGAGAAAGGCUUUGGAAGUGGUUUUGGAGGUGGUGUGGUAGAGGAAGGUUUUGCAGGUGGUGCUGUGAAAGGUGGUUUUGGAGGUGGUGGCUCUGAAGGUGUCAGGUGCCGCUAUAACUGGUGCAGGACGCCCCCGGGUCAGAUCAAUUAAAAACUAUCAACAAACUCGCCCUCUCUACACAGUAACAACCCGGGGCUGGUGUGUGGUCAGUACAUCCCACAGUAGCCAGUGUCCCCUUCUAGAAGUCGGGUACUCGUCUCCCCAGCCAAUGUAGCCAUAACUCCAGUACCCCAACAGAGAGCAGUAUUACCACAACUAUACCUCCACCACCACACCUGCACUACCACCCGCCUUGAACAUUAUGAUAUAAACUAAGGACUGAACAACUGAACACACCAAUGAACUUUAGCUGUAAUGGACCCUCGAUAUAACGCACUUUUAUCUCAAAAAAGUUCAUUAGAAGGAGGUAUAAUAUGUAACUAUCCGAGUGGUAGUUAUAUAUUUCUUACAAUACAUAAAUAAAAAUAUAUCCUUUGGUUUUAAGAUUAUUAGGAAGUUAAGAAAUAGGGAAAUAAAUUAAUUUUGACGAGCUUCUCCUUUACACUUGUACUGUCUGAAUAAACAAGUUAAAUUUUA